AUGAUUUCGUGCUUGCGGGAUGCCGCCUCCCGAGUUGCCAGCAGCCCGGUGCAAGCUCUGUUGGUGACCCGGCGAAGCCUCCACCGGGCUCCCGGACUGCCGUGGACAAUCUAUCAUCCCCACAUCCAGGAGCCGGAGCACACAAAAAAAAUCGUGGGCGAGACCAAAGGACUCGCCAGGUACAUUCCAAAGAACUACCGUCACCAGCAAUUCAUUGAAUCUGUGAGGUCUGGCGAGUACUUUGGGCCAGACUGGCCCUACAAUAUGCUGAGCUCGGUCUUUUGGAAGGCGAGAAGGUACAAUGCCACGUACAAUCCGAUUCCUGCGGACAUGUCCGUCCUUCCAGGCAUUCAUUUCUACGCAAGACUAAACGUCUGGUGUGUGGAGUGGUGGGAGCAGGAUAAGCAGCGGUUUCGCUGGUUCAGAGCCAACUACGGCUUCAUGCGAGCUAAACAGCAUGCCGAGGAUUUCCGAAGGAGUUUAAUCGAAGCAGGUCGUGUCGAUAACCGUCGCACAGAUCGAGAGAUUCGCAUCCAGCUACUAGCUCGCACCGAGGCCAAGAAACUCCUGAAGAAGAAGUUCUCUAACAAAGAUGCCCGCCGCCUGGGCAAUUCAGGCAGCAGGCAAGGUUCUGAGCGCAGGGCACGUCGUGACUACCAGAAGAGAGGCCUGCUGCCCUGA